AUGGCAGACCCACGUUUUGUGCCCACGACAAGCCCCUUCAUGAGCCAGGAAGCGCUGAAUUUCAGCUCCACGACAGAGUAUGAGUUUGAUCUCACAGACACGGACUUACCCCCGAUGGACCCCAGCACCUCCCUCUGCUCCUUGGAGGAGGUCAGGAGUUUCUCCAGGCUCUUUGUACCUGUGGCUUAUGGCCUGAUCUGCAUCUUCGGCCUCCUGGGCAACCUCUUAGUGGUGGUCACCUUCGCCUUCUACAAGAAAGCCAAGUCGAUGACAGACGUGUACCUCCUGAACAUGGCCGUCGCGGACAUUCUCUUUGUGCUCACGCUCCCGUUCUGGGCAGCGAAUCACGCUAGUGGGCAGUGGCAUUUCAGCAACGCCAUGUGCAAGGUGAUGAAGGGCAUCUACGCCAUCAACUUCCACUGCGGGAUGCUGCUCCUGACCUGCGUCAGCGUGGACAGGUACAUCGCCAUCGUCCAGGCCACCCGGUCCUUCCAGCUCCGGUCCAGAACCCGGGCGCACAGCAAGGCCAUCUGCUGGGCGGUGUGGCUGGUGUCCAUCGUCAUCUCCAGCUCCACGUUCGUCUUCAACCAGAAAUACAGAAUGCAGGGGCUGGACGUCUGUGAGCCCAAGUACCACAGCGUCACGGACCCCGUCCGGUGGAAAGUGCUGGUGCUGGGGCUGCAGCUGCUCUUCGGCUUCUUCAUCCCGCUGGUCUGCAUGGUCUUCUGCUACACGUGCAUCAUCAGAACGCUCGUGCAGGCUCAGAAUUCCAAAAGGCACAAGGCCAUCCGAGUGAUCGCCGCGGUGGUCCUGGUGUUUCUGGUUUGCCAGACCCCCCACAACAUGGUGCUCCUCGUGACUGCCGUCAAUCUGGGCAAGAUGGGCCGGUCAUGCGGCCAUGAGAAGUUCAUCAGCUACACCCAGACCGUCACCGAGGUCCUGGCCUUCCUGCACUGCUGCCUCAACCCCGUGCUCUAUGCCUUCAUCGGCCAGAAGUUCCGCAGCUACUUUCUCAAGGUCAUGAAGGAUGCGCUGUGUGUGAGGAGGAAGCCCCAGGCCCCCAGCUUCUGCUCCCAGCCCAUCCCAGGAAGCAGCGGCUUCGGGCAGACCAGCGAGACAGCGGACAGUGAGAACAUGUCCUCCUUUACCGUGUGA